AUGCUUCUACUUUCUCAGCUGAGGAACCCACGCGUAGCGCGCGUGGGUAUUGCCUUCGGUGUAUGCCUCUUCCUCGUCAGCUUUUACUACACCUGGUCGCCGAGGGACGGGUUCAGCACACAGUCAGUACCGACAAUCAAGGACCACGGCAUCCCCGCCAAGGUAUGGCAUUCCGCCAAAGAUGAAAACCUAUCGCAAGAGCAACGCGACUGGGUUGAGAGUUGGACGAAAAUCAACCCCACGGCUCACGAAGAGCUAUUGACCGACCGAUCGGGCGCGGCGUUUGUCCGAUCGCAUUACUUGCAGCAGCGACCGGACAUCGUCGAGGUUUACGAAGCUCUCCCCAUCCCCAUCCUGCGCGCCGAUCUGCUCCGCUACCUGAUUGUGCUCGCGGAAGGGGGGAUCUGGAGCGAUCUCGAUGUGACCUGCGAAAUGCCGAUCGAUCAGUGGGUGCCGGAGGAGUACAAGAAUGAAGACAUCGAUAUGGUGGUCGGGCUGGAAUUCGAUUUCGAGUGGCGCGGGCCCGACACGGAGGUCGCCUCCCAGUUCUGUAACUGGGUCUUUAUGGCGAAGCCGUCCUCCCGCACGCUGCAGGUCGUGGUGGAUUCGGUUGUCGCCAAGCUCAAGGAGAUUGUGCAGAUGAACGGCGUCGAAAUGAAAGACCUCACCCUGGACAUGCUCCCCAUUGAUGUUGUGAACGUCACGGGUCCGAAGAUGAUGACAUUUGCCGUGCUGGACAGCCUCGCGCAGGUGCUCGGCCGGCCCGUGGACGAUCGCGAUUUCUCGGGCAUCAAAAAGCCAAAGUUGGUGGGCAAUGUGCUGAUCAUGCCGGGUGUAUCCUUUGCUGCGACGCAAAAUGGAAACCCGACCGAUCAAGGCGAUCCUCUGGUUACCCACCAUUAUGCCGGUUCUUGGAAGCAGGCCGAUGCCGAAGCCAAAGAGAGAAAGAAGCAGCAGCAAAAUGGAGGGAACUGA